CCAGGCAGCUGAGCUCAGCGCGGUCGCGCGGCGUGUGCUAAACCUGCGUGUUAAACCCCGGGGUUUGACUCCAGGCUUCUUGUUCUAGGUGUGUGCAGAGUACAGUGCAAUGGCUGUCGCAGUAAAAGAAUGCCUGGAGCUCCAGCUGCUGGAAGUGGAAAUGCUCCUUUCAAUGUUUCCCAAAAAAGGUGAAAUAAAUCUGGAUGAGGAUGCUGUGCCCAGCGUGCAGCGCUACCUGAGAAAUACUGAUGGAGCUCUGCCCCCGCAGCUCGAAUAUUCAAUCGCUAUUGAUGUAGGGGAGGCAAAGGUGAAAGUGGAAUUGCAGGUACUGCUGCCUCAUAUGUAUCCUCAGGUAGCUCCUGAGCUUUUUGCAAGGUCAAACGCACUGCACAGACAGCAACAGUUGCAGCUCAACACUGCUCUCACUUCUCACAUCAGCUCUCUGGAUUCAGGUGAACUGUGUAUAUAUGAAGCUGUGCAAUGGGUGAAAGACAACAGCCUGCCUUACUUGGAAAACGGUCAGAUCUGUUCUGAAAGUGCUUCAGAAGAAGCUGUAGUUAAAGAAACAUUGCAUCGCAUGUGGAUCUACAGCCAUCAUAUAUAUAGGCAGGAAUUGAGGAAGAAGAUUUUUGACUGUGCAAAGAAAUUAAAUCUGACUGGCUUCUGCCUAACAGGGAAACCUGGUGUCAUCUGUGUGGAGGGACUCCGAGAAAACUGUGAGGAGUUCUGGCGUGUUAUUAGGUAUCCCAACUGGAAGCAUAUUUCAUGCAAGCAUGUGGAGAAUAUAGAAACAGAAGGAAAUGUCGAUAAUCUUCGUCUCUUUCAUGCUUUUGAAGACCUACAGUUUCAGGCACAUGGUGAUUAUGGCCUGAGGAAUGACUAUCACAUGGAUCUUGGCCAGUUCCUGGAAUUCCUGAAACAGCAUCAAAGUGGACAUAUUUUUCAGAUUUUAUUUGGUGUGGAAGGCAAACUUUCAGACAAAUAAGAGAAACUGUGUAAGGAGUUCUCAUUUUGGACAGCAAGAGAUGACACUAACAUUGAAUAUUGUGCCUUGUAGCUACUGUGAAAAGGGAACUUUUAACAUAUGACAAGAAUGGUUCAAGUAGCUAAUCUUAGGUUCUGUUCUGAACUGCCACAUAUUUUUGAGAGGCGUUUACUUAUUUUCUGAGACACUAAAAUUGGCGUUUGUCACUACGAGCCAUGCUUCAAAGUGCUUGCAAGAUGAUACACAUCCCACACCAUAGUAUCCCGAAUUACACACUUCUGUCUCCUCAUCUAUACUGUGCUGUGGGUCACUAAGCUGCAGCACAGACCUUUAGUUAACUUCUGCAUACAGCUGUGGGAUACCAAAGUGGCUGCAGUCACAGAUUAAUGUAGUUUCUAAUACAAAAGCACACCCAGAUCAAGGAAAUCUCCCCACUACAUUCAGGAGUUAGUGUAUGCAGUGCUUUUCACUGCUUCACAAAGCAACUGCUCUCACUUGAUUGAAUUAAUCCAUGAAAUGCAGAGACUUGUGUGUCCAACCACAGGACCAAGUUUUGUUUUUAAAUAAAGGGCAGGGGGGAGGAGAAAGAAGCCCCAUCCACUGUAUGCUUUGGGUAGUACCUAUACAAUUAUAUUGUCAGUACUACAAUUUUUGCAGUCCUCUAUCAUCUCAUUACUGUCUGGUUAUGUUAAUAGUAACUUUUCAGCUGCUCAACUCAUGGCAUUUUAUAUUUACAUUGUUAGGCCAAGCGCCCUGGAAAUUAAAAUGUGUAAGAUGACACAAAGUUUAGUGUUUCCUCUGGUUUUCCCCUAUGUUACUAUAAGGAAAUGCAUGUAAAAUACAGAAAAAUGGAAAAACUGUAUUUUAAAUAAAAAUAAUUUUAUCAGUCUUUUCUGUGUCAGAUUAGUACUGAGAAACAAUUUUCCAGCAGCUUGUAACAGGAAGUGAUAUUAAUGGCUCAUUAGGCGGCGCUUCCCUGCAGGGUCAUGUGCUGAGUGUAUAUUUAGGUCGUGAAUUGCAAUUCAGUCGUCCAGUUUAUAAUGGAUUAUCAUAUUUAAAGUCAUCAAUAUAAUGUGUAGAUGAAGACUGCAAAGUCCCCAGUAGCUGUGCUCUCAGAACCAGCAGUUUACCACCUUCCACUUUGUCACUGAGCACCCUAAUACGAAAACUGGAACCAAGCAAAUAAAGCAGUCUUACUGUUGAGCUGGAGAGGUUUGGCUGUUGGAAUCCAAAAACGAGGCCAUUUCAACAGCAGCUAUUUAAAGACUGUGUUUUAGUACACCCAGCUGACAACUACAAAAAUAACAGAUAUUAUUUCAAAUAAAACACAAGUGUUUUAAUACUCUUCUCAUAAUAGUAAUAUAUUGAAAUACAGAGGAUGGCAGUGUUUCUGGUUGCCCAGAAUGAUGAUAAACACACAUUCCUUCACUAUGGUAAGUAUAUUGUUUGUAUGAUCCUAACUGUGGCCAGAAGCACAGUAGGGCACAAAAUGCUGACAGGUUCCCAUUAUGCAAUGAAGGAGAAAGUGCCUCUCCUCUUUCUGAAUGCAGAACUUGCAGUCUGCAGCUGUGGCAGAACUGAGGGGCUGGGCAAGUAAAGUUAAUUUUUGGUUUUGUAAAGAUAAUCUCUACAGCAUGAUAGUAGAAAAAAAGUUUAUGUUCACUUUGU